AUGUCCGCGCCUCCCCAAGCCCCGACCGUCAACGACAUCGUCAUCAAGGGCGACGUCCCACCGCAUGCCAAAGACCUCUUCCACCGAUGGGUCGAAGUCUUCUCGCGCGAGCGCGACGGCAAGCUGCAGGCGCGGGUCACGUACCGCCUCACUGUCGCAGCCGACAUGCUGAACUGGAAUGGGAGCAUGCACGGCGGCUGCGCGGUCUACCUCAUCGACGUGUGCUCGUCUGCCGCCAUCUCGCUACUCGCCAUGGUCCAGAAGAAGCCGUGGGGAUCCGUCUCGCAGGCUCUCAACACGUCCUUCCAUGCCCCUGCGCUCGCCGGGGUGACGAUCGAGGUUGUGAACACGACUACCGCGUCAGGUUCGCGUAUGCUGUCGUCCGUCACAGAGAUUUGGGAUGUCACGAACAGCAGGUUGUGCAUGUCGGGCACCCACCACAAAAUGGCGCCGUCCAAGCUAUGA